AUGUGCAGCGAAGGGUGCAGUCGUUGGUUAGAAGGAUUGGAUUUUUCUUGUCAGACGGCUUGUAAUGUUACUUCUGAGGGUGCGCUAUCUCGGGAAUUAUAUUGUGUGAUGGGAUGUAAUGAAGCUCUUAAUACAUACUACCAAAUGAUCAAAGAUUUAAUUGGAACGCCGCCAGCACCCGCGUUAGUGGCUGAUAGUUUGACUGCGACAUCUCUAUCAUUAGUUUGGGAAGCUCCGAAUCUUGGAAAUCUCACCUAUCUUGUUCAAUGGAGAUACGAAGAGCUUCCAGGGAGUUGGCAGUACUAUUCGAACUCUAGCAAUGUCAACAGAUCUAUUAUACACGUUGAGAACUUGCGACCUUAUACGAAAUAUCGGUUCCGCGUCGCAAUAUUCUUAUCUGGACGGAAUGGGGCCGGCGAGCCGGUGUAUUCAGCGCCAUCUGUGGUUAUACUAACAUCAGACAGUGGAAAACCGAGUUCCGCUCCUGCUGCGCUUAGGGCAGCUGCACCAGAUCCGAGUAGAGUUGCCAUAUCUUGGGAGCCAGGGCCUUUCCCUAAUGGCCAGAUUAUAUCGUACGUUCUACGAUUAGCUGAUACACAGCCAAACACAAUUGAUGUACUAGAGGAUAUGCCAGCAUCAAACAAUACCCUCUUCUACAUGUUCCAAAAUUUAGCACCCGCCCGUGAGUAUAAUGUUUCUGUGGCGAUGCGCAACGCGAUAGGAGAGGGACCAAUGGCAUAUGUCCUUGUAUCUACACCUUCCCUUCCAACAUCGGUACCAUCUCAACAACCUAUCCUAAUUUUGGGAGGGGAACAUAAUGUUCUGGCGGCGUCUGCUAACGAUAUGUUAUCGGAUCCUGUAAUCGAGCUCUUUAGUACCGACAAUUUUAUUACAGGCGUGGGAUUGGACAUAUCAAGCGAUACUUUAUUCGUAUCUGUGUCCGAUGGCUACAUAUAUAAAAGUUCUUUGUCAAAAAAGAGUCAGCCGGAAGCAAUUUUAACACCAAAAACAAUAGACUACAAGCCCUUAGAUCUCUCAGUUGACUGGUUGAAUCAACAUCUAUAUAUUCUUGGCGAGGUUUAUUAUAACCGAGAAUCCAGUGGCACAAAUGCAAGUUUAUAUCCUAGUUGGGAAAUUUUACGGUGUGACUUUGAUGGCAAAAAUGGAAUGGUUGCAAGAUCAGGUUUUAAUUCACGUCCUAUUCAUUUCGAAGUCGACGCUUACAACGGUUAUCUAUUUUGGGCACUACGCGGUAUUGAGCGUGGGGGUUUGUACCGGAUCGAUCUGGCUAAUAUUUCUAACGGAAUACGACACGAUUCGCGCCCCGAGCAGAUAGUGCAUGAUGCUAAUCUUGGAGCCUUUACUGUGGACCACGCAGAUUUUAGAUUACUUGUUACUCACAUACGCCGUAACACUGUGCUGGCUGUUUCGUUGGAUGGACGCGAAGUAUCCGAUUUUCGUAGUAACACGCAAAGACCAAUGUUUUUCUCACCGCGGUCUAUCGCGUAUGCCAAUGGCCUGUUCUAUUGGACAAAUGGCAAUGAAAUGCUUAUGGAGGAAUACCAUCCAAAGAGAGACAGCUACUUCCACAACGAGUAUCCUGUAACGUAUAACAUCAAGACGAUUGCGACUAGAGAAGUCUUGGUAGCUUUACGUAGUUGUCAGCCUAUCCCAGUACCAGUUAAUCCUCCUUUGGCGGUUCAGGGUGUUAUGGGGAUUAAUCGCGCGAAGGUAUCGUGGUCCGCACCACAUUUGUUGGGACAUCAAGGUACUGGUGCUUGGCAGCAGUGGACGUUUCAUUUGCAAUUAACUCAUAUUGAGACUGGCGAAACGAUAGAUUUAAAAAAUAUUCAUGAUACAACUAGCAUAGUUGAUAAUAUAGAACAAGAUACUGAGUACGUUAUAAAGGUCGCAGCAGUCACCCAAUCUGGGUCAGGUCCAUGGUCAUCAGAAUUUGUGGGUAAAACCUUGAAAUCAUCACCUACCACAUUGCAAAGUACACUGUUAUGGUCUGGCCCCGAUGGUUUAUUGCAGACGGACUUAACUGGGGACAAAUUAAAAACCUUAAUUGAUCGGAAAAUUCUGGACCUCGAGCACCUUUAUAUAACGGAUAUAUCUUGGUACCGAGAUAAACUUUAUUUAGUAACAAACGCAUCCAAAGUAAUGUGGUAUAACACUACGACACAUACAAGAGGUUUUAUGCCAAAUAUGGAAAACGUAGGUAGCUUAGCUGUGGACUGGGUAGGCAAGAAGAUUUAUUGGUCCAACCCAAAACAACAGUUGAUAACUCGUGGUAAUUUUGAUGGAAGUAAUAGAGAGCCUGUACCAAUAGUGACAGUCGCUAAAGAAUUGACUAUCGACUCACUAGGAGCUUAUAUUUAUUGGAAUACGGGUCACGCUGUAGAGGCGGCUAGGUUAAAUGGAGAAAAUAAAUUAAUUUACUACCCAGCUCAGCUAUUCAGUGGAAAACAAGUUAUGGGACUUACUGCAGAUCUAGAAAAUAAAUGGCUUUAUUGGCUAGUAAGAAGUUAUGAUGGAUCUGAACUUCACAGAGCCCCAACAGCUGACAAACUUUCACUCGGAAGUAAUGAGGUCUCUGGUACAUUAGUAAGUCGUUUAUCGGGCACGGCAACCCUAGGUCCGCUUUGUUACUUCAGCGAGAGACUAAUUUGGGUACAAGAUGCAUCCCGAGCAGUUGUGUCGGACCUUGCGGGGAGGUAUACGGCAGAACUCAUACCACGGGUACACGUGAUCACUGUAAGAGAUUCUACCUUACAUGCUCAUAGUGAAUCCAUAAUUGCGAUACCCGAAACUAUAAAUGGAUCAUCAAUAAUCGUAAAAGGAACCUGGGAUAAAUUUAAUGUCACGUGGCUUCCUGCUGUGAGAGUCAAUGUAAACAACAGCAGGGUCUACUACGAUGUCAGCUUACAGUUCCCGAAGAAUUACAAAAUUGAGAAAACUGUAGAGACACAUUGGUUGGAAGUAAAUGAGCGUACAAUAGAUCCUUAUAGUGCAGCUGAGGUAACGGUACGUGCGUACACGCAAUGGGGUGGAGGUGCUGCAGCUCGUGCACGUCUACGGACUCCUCAGGCUCCGCCUUCCGCACCGCACGCUCCUGCCUUAUACAUUCACAAGCAUAGUGAUGACACAAUGCGAGCGAUUUUUCGUUGGGGUGCGCCUCGACUCAGCAAUGGCAUAGUGCGGGGUUAUGAAGUGCAAUGCUGGGCGGUACCCCGGUCACCACCCGCGCGUCCUUCUGCCUGCGCACCCGCACGACUUGCGCCUCAUCAUACUCAACUUGUUCUCACUCAUUUGCAACACAACACGACAUACUUCUUUCAGGUCCGGGCCUUUACUGAUGCUGGCUACGGUCAAUUUAGUGAAAUCGUAUCAGCUUUUUCAGAAGAAAUAAAUCCCAUACCGAAAGUAAUGAUAUCGUCUCAAGAAUCCAUCAAAAUCGUUGAUUUAGGCACCGGAGAAACUGAAAUAAUACCGAAGAGUACAGGCAUACCCUUAGACUUUGCUGUUGAUCUUGAAGAAAACGUUGCUUAUUGGGAAAAUGAUCUUGAAGAGAUUUUCUCAUCUCGAAUUAAUGGAAGUGGACAUUAUAAAUUAACAUCUAUCAAUGGUACGGCGACUAGUAUAUGUGUUGACUGGGUCAGUCGAUCUGUGUAUUGGUCGCAAUUGGAAAGGGCCUCUGUGGAAUCGUAUGUGAUCUACCGGGCGAAUCUGGGCUCACCCAAUACACGACCACAUAUCACUAGAGUUCUUGCAAGGCAUCAGCGGAUACACAGCUUACAAAUUAUCCCUUUAAUGCGAUCAUUAUACUGGUACGAAGAGAGUAACCACACUGGAUUCGGAACACUUAUGACUGCCAAAGUAGACGGAACCAAUAUCAAAUCUUUUUUCAAUAAUUCAGAAGAUAGUUCAGAGUUAGAUUAUAGAGACGAUUGCAACUGUCCCGAGAACCCACAAAUAGCGAAACCAUUUGUUAUAGACUUGACAAAUGAUAUAGAGGUUUUCUUCAUCGAUCCUUGGUUGUAUAGAGUAAUCGCGACCGAUGUUACUGGAUGCCACUGCAGAGUAGUAUUUGAUGCGACAGAGAAAAAGAAAAACGGCUUCAUUCCGAUGUCUAUAACCGUCGAUAGUAAAUACGUCUAUUGGUACAACUCGACAGAUAGAUCAAUAUUUUACACAAACAAACUGAAAAAAAGCAAAAUCGAAUACGUGAAAUCGACGUUUGGUUAUAAAAUAAUGGCGUUGGAUGUAUCAAAUCAGCCUUAUCCACCUAGACACUGUUUAUUCCCCAAUGCUAAGAAACUAACACCACGAGUACUAUCAAACUCGGCAAAUAGCAUAAGGAUGCAAAUGCCGGAAAUACAUAAACCGGAAAACUGCAGCAAUUUGGAAUAUGAGAUGACGGCUACGGAAUAUACAGUGCUCUACCGGCUACACGCUAACGAUACGACGCCGUGCGAUCGAGAAACUUGUUUCUAUUUGACGACGACUAGCACUGAAGUAACUCUAAAUGAGCUUAAACCAUUUACAAAUUAUACAGUGAAGAUCGAAGUGAGCAAUUAUUACGCUAAAUUGCAUGAGAUAAAGCCCAUAAUUGGUCCCAUGUGCUUGCUGCAGACCGCUGCUGAAGCUCCAACAGCACCCAAAAAUGUAACUGGCAUAGUGCUGAGUCCGGUUUUGGCCCGGGUCGAGUGGACACCAGAGCCUGGAUUAUGGUACGAACUUCAUUGGCGAACCGAUGAUUCGCCUUCUCUACCACAUCGUAAAGAGCAUAAUACGUUUGAAGUGUCAGAGGGCGGAACUGCAAUAAUGACACCAUUGUCUCCCAGUACCCUAUACACGGUUUGGGUACGCGCCCGAUCCCGAUAUUCAACUGUAUCGGCGGAUUCGUUACCGCUACGUCUUCGGACCUAUCCACCACCCGCACCAUUGACUCUAAGAAAUGCUACAGCUUACACCCUUGUCGUUAUUUGGCCUCCACCAACUAGCUAUACUUUGCACCAGUAUGUGGUUGAAUACAGCGAAACAGGUGGCACGACUGACUUAUGGCUACCUUGUGAAAUGAGCGGUAAUGCUGAGUGGUCAGCUACAGAUCUGCGUCCGAAAACUAGAUAUCGAUUCCGACUUCGGCUCCAAUAUGUCAAUAAUACCUCGCCAUAUUUUUGGCCAAGAGAUGACAGCUUUGCAUUCGAAACUUUAGGAGAUGUCCCUGGUCCACCGGGGCCUUUACGUGUAGAAGCAGUUGGAGAAAAAAUAGUCAGAGCGUGGUGGGUCGAGCCAGAUCCACGGGGUGACCCUGUCACGUUCUAUAGAGUUUGGGGCACUCCAAGAAACAGAAUCGAGCAUAUAGACGAUAAUUCGACCAGAAAUAUAAGUGAGCUAACGCGCGCUGAUUUACCUACCGAUGUCGAUGAUGAUAUGAAAAUUCGAAUCAUACGCGAAGGAUUGGAAUUACUAUAUAACGGCAGCGUGAGCUACUGGCUUAUCGCCUCAGACGAUAUUGGCGCGGGUUAUGUCGCGCGAGUUCAAGCACGCAAUUCGUAUGGCUGGGGUGCACUCUCGCCCGCUAGUGAACUUCUUGCAGCUCCUCUGGUACACGCUGCACGGCCACACCCAGCGGCUUUAGCGUUAGCUGUUAUCACGCUAACCGGUAUCGUCUUAGCUGCAGCCCUAGCGUUGUUCUUCACCUACAAUAACCGGAGUAAGAAAAAAGCGGCUUUGGAGUCUCAAGUAACAUCGCCUGUGAUACGGAGAGGACCUGAUGUAGAACUUGCAACUUUAAGACAGCUGCCUAUCAGACACUCCACUAAUAUUCUCUAUAACCAGGGUAUGUAUUGUCCUUCGGACGCAGAACUAGCUGCAUUGCCUCAUAUUCGUCGUGAGCAAAUCACACUUACAAAGUUCUUGGGCUCGGGGGCGUUUGGCGAAGUAUUUGAAGGACUUGCAAGACACAUCGACACCAAUAAUCCUAACACUAAAGUCGCUGUUAAGACUCUCCGAAAAGGCGCGACCGAACAAGAAAAGACGGAAUUCUUAAAAGAAGCUGCUCUUAUGUCUAACUUCAAACACGAACACAUACUACGGCUGCUGGGCGUCUGUUUAGAUAAUGACCCCAAUUAUAUUAUCAUGGAAUUAAUGGAGGGGGGAGAUCUUCUUAGCUAUCUUAGGGCUAAGCGAUCCUCACUGGGUACGCCUGAGUCGCUUACAUUGCUAGAUCUACUGAACAUGUGCGUAGAUGUAACAAAAGGGUGUCGCUACCUGGAGGAGAUGCAUUUUGUCCAUAGAGACUUGGCCUGCCGUAAUUGCCUGGUCGCUGUGCGUGAUGGUCGCCGGAUAGUCAAAAUAGGAGACUUUGGCCUGGCAAGGGAUAUCUAUAAGAACGAUUAUUACAGGAAAGAAGGAGAAGGCUUACUACCAGUGCGAUGGAUGGCCGUAGAAUGCCUUGUUGACGGCGUCUUCUCAUGCCAAUCAGACGUGUGGGCGUGGGGUGUUCUUUGCUGGGAGGUACUGUCCCUCGGGCAGCAACCCUAUCCUGGGCGCACGAACCGACAAGUAUUGGGGUACGUGCGAGCGGGGGGCACACCCGAUCGACCGCCUAACUGCCCGCCAGCAUUGUACGAGUUACUACAGAAAUGUUGGAGUUACGCAGCGGAGGCGAGGCCGUCGUUCCGGCAAUGUCUGCGAAUAGUAACGACCCUGCGGGAUGCGACGCCACCAGAUCCCCUACCCGUAUCCCCACCAGAAACGAAUCACCAUUAUCUCACAUUGCUUGGAGACGAUGCAGUCGACAACCGUACCUACCUGUUCGACGAGAAUGACAACGCCUUCUUGGAUGAAGAUCUACCAGAACAGCAAAUGGAGCCAUCUCAUUUGCUUCCGCAGCGUGCUCCCAAGUACCUAGAGCUGAUGUACGAUAGCGACUCGCCGUCGGGGACCAUUUGCGAUGGCUACGAGGUGCCCAGAUCGCCGCUCUCGUACGCUCCCUUUUCCAGGCAUAGUAUAGUAGGUGUCGCGCCCAAUAGACUAAUAAAGCCUCCUUUAUAUAGAACUCACUCGUUGAGAACUAACAUGAGGCCCGUCAAUGCGACAAUCAUUCCUCUCAGAAACGGCCUAGUCAAACGAGCGUCACUCUGCGACGGAGUUCAAAGUACAUUCCUUAGAGAGCCGACGCCUAGCUCGUCCCGCUCCCGCCAAGACUUCGACAAACAUAUAAAGACUCCAUUCUAA